GAUGUUCACAGAGAAACGUUUUAAGGUCGUUUUUGAUAACAUGCUUGCUUGAUGAAUAAUGUUCUUAGAAUAGAGCAAUUUGCGUGUUUCCUACUACUAGGAAUGUGCGCUCUGCGCGGAGGAUGCAGAUGAGUCAUUUACAUCACACAUGCACAUCUGUGCGUAGGCCUACAGGCUAUGUCAUUUUACGGGGUUGCAAGUUCAUGGAUAAAAACCAACCAGCAUGUUCGUGGAUGCAGAUGGAACUUUCAACAACAGCAACAUGAAAUCUUAUGUGAUGGAGAAAGCGAAAGAGCCCGGUGCAACAAAUAUGAUUUCGGAGGCGCUCGUUGCACACUUGCUGAAGAUUGCGCAAGAGGCGGCGGAGGCAGUAUCCGCCACUUCGCAGUCUUCAACUCUGCUGAUGGAGAAUGGGACUCGGUGUGGGGAGCAAAUUCUGAACUACGACAAGGUGGAGAAGGUAUUUAUUGGAGGGAUUCUCACCAUGCUCACGCUGUUUACUAUCUGCGGGAACUUGCUGGUGGUGAUUUCAGUGUGCUUCGUGAAAAAGUUGCGGCAGCCGUCCAACUAUCUGAUCGUGUCUCUGGCGGUUGCCGACCUUUCAGUCGCGCUAGCAGUUAUGCCGUUUGUCAGUAUAACGGACCUUAUUGGGGGGCAAUGGGUUUUUGGCCAAGUCUUCUGCAAUGUUUUUAUUGCCAUGGACGUGAUGUGUUGCACUGCAUCCAUAAUGACGCUGUGCGUAAUUAGCAUAGACAGGUACCUGGGCAUAACCAAGCCUCUGACCUACCCUGUGAGACAGAAUGGCUGUUGCAUGGCCAAGAUGGUGGUGUCCGUGUGGCUCCUGUCCGCCUCCAUCACCUUGCCCCCCCUCUUCGGCUGGGCCCAGAACGUAAACGACAACAAGGUGUGUCUGAUCAGCCAGGACUUUGGUUACACCAUCUACUCCACCUCAGUGGCGUUCUACAUCCCUGUAUCCGUCAUGCUCAUUAUGUACUACCGCAUCUACCGCGCCGCCAAGCUCAGUGCCGCCAAGCACACCAUCACGGGCUUCCCGCGGGUCGGGGAGGAGGAGGCGCGGGGGGGAGAGGAGGCCAUGGAGGAACAGGAGGAGGAAGAGGACAGCGUGGACUGUGUGUCGACCGCUCUGAGGCUCCACAGGGAGGUGGAGGAGCGGUUCUCCCGGCUCGUGAGGAGCAACCGGAGGAACACGUCCAUCUUCAAGCGGGAGCAGAAGGCAGCAGCCACCCUGGGGAUCGUGGUAGGAGCCUUCAGUGUCUGCUGGAUGCCUUUCUUCUUACUGUCCACGGCCAGACCCUUCAUCUGCAGGGCGGACUGCCCUAGCUGUGUGCCCUUGUGGGUGGAGAGGACCCUGUUGUGGCUGGGCUAUGCCAACUCCCUCCUUAACCCUUUCAUCUACGCCUUCUUCAAUAGGGACCUGAGGACCACCUACAGCAACCUGCUGCGCUGUCGUUAUCGCAACAUCAACCGCAAGCUGUCCGCCAUCGGGAUGCAACAGGCCCUCAAACGGGUGGAUAAGACCGACUCUGUUAUCUAAAUGGUGUUAUUGUUGUGGUGUGGUGGGAGCUGUCACACUGAGCACCAGAGUCGACCACAUUCUCUCAAUGACAAUAGGUCAAUGUUAUCUGCCUGCCUGGUCCUCUACUUAAGAUCGUGCAUUUCCAGACACAGUCUAGACCUUAUUGGUCAGGUCUGAUUUAUGAAACAACUAAGAAUCUAUCCUUCCAUCUGAAUGUGAGUCCAUUGCAUUGGCUUUGUGUCCGUGACGUUACGGUGCUUUUACCCUGGGCAUUUCUCAGUUGUGCUGUAGUUGUGUAGCGUGGUUCGUUCUGCGUUGUGUACUUUUAAUUAGGACGCUGCCACAACUGGAGGUCUGCUGGUCAAAUUAUUUUUAUUUGCCUUGCACACGAAGAGACAACACACAUUAUGUUAACCCUUGGCACAGUUACAGCUCUCAGGCACCUUGCUCGCCGAAGGUCAGGCAAAAUGAAAUAACAGGUUAUGUGUGCCCACAUUCAAUGCACAACAGCACACCAUACAAUACAAGCAAAAUGAUACAGAACAUCAUUCAGACAACAUAAAGACAUACCUGCACACGAAGAGACAACACACAUUAUGUUAACCCUUGCCUAGCUCUCAGGCACCUACGCAAGCACACGGACACUCACUCAAACACUGUCCCAAGUACUCACAAGUUACAAUAGAUACCCUAGUUAGGGAGCUUUGUGAAACUUGUUAACAUAAAUCUUUAUAUUAUCCACAUUGUAACAAACGUAUGGUUGCAUAACAGUAUAUUGUAUGACAUUAUGACGGUUUUAUAUUAAACCAUUUCGAAGCCAAGGACAACAUACCUCGCUAGCCGAAGGUCAGGCAAAAGAGAACAAUAAGAGGGUACGGAAAUACAGAUAACCCGCGAAACCAAAAUAUACAAAACUUUUACAAUCACGUAUGCAAUCAUGUAUGUACAACAUUGAAAAAGUAGUUGUACACCAAAGAAAAACAUUAGCUAUGCAGCUGUAAUUAAAAAACAAAAUACACUGAAUUAUUAUUAUUAUUAUCAUCAAAUUAUUAACAUCCCCUCUUGACCUGGCCUAUUUGAAUCGGUCCUUGUUGCAUAAUCUGGCAAUUUGGUGCAUAAUCUAGGGGAACAACAUCACACGGCUACAUUUGCACAAACACGAUGCCUCAGAACAAGCCAUGAUGGUUAGCUGUUUCUUGAAGGGGCAAUCUACAGCUGAUCCAUCCAUUUUGUUGUUGUUGACUAUAUUAACAAAAGUAUGUGGACACCCCAUUCAAAUGUGUCGAUUUGGCUAUUUCAGCGACACCCGUUUCUGACAGGUGUAUAAAAUCUAGCCCAAGCCAAGCAAUGUCCAUAGACGAACAUUGUCAUUAAAAUGGCCUUACUGAAAAGCUCAGUGGCUUUCAAUGUGGCACCGUCAUAAGAUGCCACCUUUCCAACAAGCCAGGUCGUCCUGCAAGAGCUGCCCGUCAACUGUAAGGGCUAUUAUUGUGAAGUGGAAAUGUCUAGGAGCAACAACGGCUCAGCCGCGAAGUGGUAGGACACACAAGCUCACAGAACGGGACCGCCGAGU